AUGUCCCGCUCUUUCUAUGUCGACUCCUUAAUCAUCAAAGACUCCUCGAGGCCGGCUCCGUCCCUGCCUGAGCAUCACCACGGCCAGGACUUCUUCAUCCCUCUCAGCAUGCCUUCCCCCCUCGUCAUGUCGGUCUCGGGCCCGGGCUGCCCGUCCCGCAAGAGCGGCGCUUUCUGCGUCUGCCCGCUCUGUGUCACCUCGCACCUGCACUCCUCCCGCGGCGGCGGCGGCGGCGGCGGCGGCGGCGGCGGUGGCGGCGCGGCCAUCCCCCUGCUCAAGAGCCAGUUCCCCGCCGCCGCCGGCGAGGCCCAGUGCUGCCCGCGGGCCGGCCACGCUCACCACCCGCCGCAGCACCCGCCGCCCGCCGCCUCCGUGCCGGCCGCCGCCGCCGCCCUGGGGCACCCGGCGCAUCACCCACCUGCCUGCGCCGCCACCACCUACAGCGUCAGCGACCCCCGGAGGUUUCACUGCCUCGGCAUGGGAGGGUCCGAUUCCAGCCAAAUUCAAAACGGCAAAAGGAUGAGGACAGCUUUCACGAGCACCCAGCUCUUGGAGCUGGAGAGGGAAUUCUCCUCCAAUAUGUACCUGUCCCGGCUGCGGAGGAUCGAGAUAGCCACCUACCUGAACCUGUCCGAGAAGCAAGUGAAAAUCUGGUUCCAAAACAGGAGGGUGAAGCACAAGAAAGAAGGCAAAGGCACCCAGCGAAACUCGCACGGGGGCUGCAAGUGCAGCACCAGCCAGGGGCAUUACCCCAGGUCGGAGGACGAAGAGUCUCUAUCCCCCUCAUCGGCUACCGAGGAUAAAGAGAUCUCCCCGUUAUGA